AGUUACAAAAUGAAAUACUUGGCAAUUUGUAUGCUGCUGCUGCCGCUGGUCUAUGGCUCUGCCAUACCACGGCCGGAGUCCUACUCCGUGCCGGACAUGUCUACAGCUGAGGAUGGCAAGUUUGUGCCGGAUAUGGUUGAGGCCGCCGAGGCGCAAUAUGUUGUUGAGCCCAAGCUGGAAGCAGUGCCCGAUAUGUCUGUAGCUGCCGAUGCUGCUGAUGCUGCUGAUGCCAACAUUGAUCAAAUUCCCGACAUGUCUGUUGCCGCUGAUGCCAACGAUGUUGUUGAUGCCAACAUUGAUUUGAUUCCUGACAUGUCUCAAGCCGAGGAUGCGCUCGAUGUUGUUGAUGCCAACAUUGAUUUGAUUCCUGAUAUGUCCCAAGCCGAGGAUGCGCUCGAUGUUGUUGCUGACAAUAUUGAUCUGAUCCCAGACAUGGCUGUUGCCGCCGAUGCUGAGGAUAAUGUUGUUGCCCCCGAUAUGUCCGUGGCUAGCGAUGCCGAGUAAAUUCUCUAACAAAAUUGCAACUACUUAAGUCUCUUGACUCUAAACUAACUCGUUUUUUUUUAACUAUGUCUAAGUGUAUUGUAUUUUUAAUUUAGUUUUUAUUAUGUGCAGCACA